AUGCGCUCCCUUAUAUUUUUAGCUGUACUAGCAGUGGCUUCAGCUAAGCCACGACCAGGUGGACUUCUGUCACCAUGGAGUGCCCCUUCUUAUUCGUCAGUGGGUCUCGUCCAGCAGCCGACAGUAGCUGUGGCUCAACCGGCUGUCGUGGCUCAACCAGCUGUGGUUGCUCAACCUUACGUGCAUGCUGCUCCGGUCAUUGCUAAACCUGCGGCCACUAGCUAUGCCUCUUUUCAACAGGUCGUCCAUCCGGUGUCGGUAGCCCAGCCAGUGGUCCACGCCGCACCCGUAGUGCAUGGUCCAGUAGUAUCUCAACCAAUUGUACAAACUCCUGUUGUAUCCCAACAAAUUGUGCAAGCUCCUGUUGUAUCUCAACCCAUUGUGCAAACCGUCGCUCAACCGGUAGUACAAGCUCCAGUCAUUCAGCAGCCAGUUGUUCAAGCACCCAUUAUCCAACAACCAGUCGUCCAAACUGUAGCUCAACCGAUCGUUCAAAAGUAUCUCUCGGUUGGUUCUGUUGGCCAUGGAUGGUGAGUGAAAACAUUUAUCAGCACAGCAGUUGUAAAUAACUAAAUAUUAUUUUAUUUACAUUGUAUUUUUUAACAGUCAAGUUCGUGUUAUUUUAA